GUAGUGGAGGAGGCUGUAGCUAACGGUAACCGGACUGAGCGGCUCAGACGGAUCGUGCAGCUGUAGGGUAGCUAGCGCUAGCUUCAUAAACAGCCAGCGCCUUGUUUAAUAUCCCUACAUAUAAACAAUACAGUUAGUUAGCUAGCUAGCUAAACUGGCGUGCUAGAAACCUGACGGUAAGAUUAGUUAGCUAGCUGCCUGGUGCGGCCCAGAGGUGCAGGAACAUCGGCAGCCCUGUUGAGCUGCUUUACGGAGAGAAUGACUUGCAUGUGACCAUUAACAAUAUGAGGCUGAGAAUGCGCAAGGCAUCUCAGCGGCCGAACACCACUGACGCCUCCCGGCCGGCCCGGAACAAACGCAGACACCCAGGCGAGGAGGAGUGUGCAGUCCAAGGAAAAGGCCUUCUGUCCACCAUCAAGAAAUUCAUCCACAGUGAUGCCUUAAAGGUGGAGAAUCCAGCCAAGCGGACACGUCUGACCUGUGACCUCAUCACUUCCACCCCCCAGAGUACCAUCCCACCCAAAAAGGGCAUCACCCGCGUCAGCAGGAGGUGCUCCAUCAACGGCGAAGCCAGGAACCAUGACACGAGUAAGCCGGCAAAGUCUAAUGGGAAGUUUGAGGAGUCUGAGGAUGUGAUGAGCAGCCCUCCACGCACCACCCUGCUGGGGACUAUCUUCUCACCUGUCUUCAACUAUUUCUCACCAGCAAACAAAAUCAUGUCUUGUUCGGACUCACCGGACCAAGCCAUAGAGGCGGAGGAGAUAGUGAAGCAGCUAGAUAUGGAGCAGGUGGAGGAAACCAGCACUGCCACUUGUGCGCCGCUGUGCCCUAGCACCAUGCCUCCUGCAGCUAUAAGACUCUCAUCUCCUAUCCACACUCAAACACAGGAGGAAGAGGUGGACGAUGAAGUGGUCCAUGCUGAUCUACCGCCCCUCACAGCCCCUGGCUCUCCUCCAACUGCUGGGUAUGUGGAGGUCCCUGCCAGUAUUCCUAUUGAUCCAUCAUGUGAAGAGGACUGGGAAGUGUUUGACCCGUAUUUCUUCAUCAAACAUGUACCUCCACUAACUGAGGAGCAGCUAACCCGCAAACCUGCUCUCCCAUUAAAGACGCGCAGUACACCAGAGUUCUCCCUCGUCCUCGAUCUGGACGAAACUCUAGUCCAUUGUAGCUUGAAUGAGCUGGAAGAUGCAGCACUGACAUUUCCUGUCCUUUUCCAAGAUGUAAUAUACCAGGUUUAUGUACGGUUGAGGCCGUUCUUCAGAGAAUUUCUCGAGCGCAUGUCUCAAAUUUAUGAGAUCAUUCUUUUUACUGCCUCAAAGAAAGUUUACGCAGAUAAGUUGCUAAACAUUCUCGAUCCGAAGAAACAGUUGGUCAGGCAUAGGUUAUUUCGGGAACAUUGUGUCUGUGUACAGGGGAACUACAUCAAGGAUCUAAGUAUUCUUGGGAGAGAUCUGUCAAAGACCAUCAUUAUUGACAACUCACCGCAAGCCUUUGCUUAUCAGCUGUCCAAUGGGAUCCCAAUUGAGAGCUGGUUCGUGGACAGAAACGACAGCGAACUUCUCAAGCUGGUUCCUUUUCUGGAGAAGCUGGUAGAGUUGAAUGAGGAUGUGCGGCCACACGUCCGUGAACGCUUUCGUCUGCAUGACUUGCUGCCUCCUGACUGAGGAACGAGUGUUGAAUUCUGAGCUAGAAGAAGUAAUAAGGACAGAGAAGGAAAACCAGACAAACCCUUAUUAAAAAUGUCAUUAUUAUUAUUAUUGUCCCCCCCCCAACCCCCACCUGCUUCUUCAGCCAUACCAGGAAAAAAAGAGAUUCUGAAGCAUCAUCUGAAAAUACUUUAGGAAUAGAUGUCUAAAUGUAACUACUUUUAAAUAUCAAAGACCAAGAACUCUCCUCCCUUCACCACUAGGAGCGUUGUUUUGAUCUGUUUUGUGAGGUUGGAGUUUGAAUGGUAAUUUCUUCAUUCAUUUCAUCCCAUUUUUAGUGACUGUGCAAAACGUAGCUGAGAAAAGGAGGGUUCCCUUCUGUUUUAUUUGGUGCUCCAACAAAACUAUUUAACAGGCUUAGGCUACAGACCAAUUUAAAAAAGAAUGGCCAGGAAAAAAAAGGAAAAAAUUAUUUGCGUGUGGGUGAUGGUGGAGAUUAUUUCCAUGAGCUUGUUUUAAAUGUACCCCUCUGCCUAUACUCAUUAUGCAUUCCUCAGCAUUGUCAUCGCUUUUCUAUAUGUUUACCUGAUCAGUGAUUUUUGAUUUUAGUGAUACUUAUUUUUUAUAGCUUCACUUCUGUCUGACAGAAUGUGUUACAUUCUCAAAGAACUGAUAUAUGUUUUGGCAGAAAUAUUGGAGAAACAGGUUGUAUUUAAAAUGUGUCUCGUGUAUAAUUGGAUUUGAGUUUCUAAGUGGACAAUUUAGUGUUAAUCUGGCAGUCCAGUUUAAAUGAUUUUACUUAUUUCUACAUCUUUUUUCUACAACUUUUCAAGAUGUCUCAAAGUCCAGUUGUGAUCAAGAACUCCAGCCAAACGCUGUCUCGCUUUUAACCUUUUUAUAAUUUUUUUACUCUGGUUUGUCUCGCUGUCACAAGUUUUCAUAUCAAGCCUUUUUUUAAUAGAUAUCUAUUUUUUUAAACUCCGUGUUCAUUGCCCGUUGUGUUUUAGUAUUAAAUUGCGACGUGUUUUAUUGUAAAAGUGGAGCCGAUGUAGCAUGGUUCAUGUCGUGCAAGUCUAGUCAUUCACACAGAAAAGCAUAUUAGACGAUGGCUGGAAGCCUGUGAUUGCCUGGUUUGUAGCACCAGCAGAUGAGCAGCAAGAUUUAUAUCUGUGGUUGAAGUUUCUCUCGCCUGUAGUGCUGUUUUUGUUUCUUCUGUUUUUCUGCUAUUCGUGGUAUUAAAUGCAGUAAGGGGUCUUUAACAUGAAUGUGUGUUUCUCAUGAAAAGACUCAAGUGAAUGAUCUUGAUAAUGGUAUUUCACUUUUUCCUCCCUCUUCUUCUCCUUCUUUCCUUAAAGUUCUGUCAACUCUGUAUUUUAAUGUGUGUAAAACAAGUUCUAGGAAGAAAGACACCUUCAGUUCACCUGUCAUCAUGAUGGUUGUUCUACGUAAUUCCCUUUUAUCAUACCUUUGCCUUUUCGGUUCUACUUUUUUGUUUUGUUAUUGUGGACAAUGGGGAAAAAAUGUGUAUGGAAAUUGUUAUUUUGCCUGUGGUGCCAUAAAGCCCUUUUAAGACUUUUAAAUGUAUGUACCACUCUUUUAAGAUUUAAAGGAAUAGCUCAAACAAAAUGCUAAUAUGACAGAUGAUUAAUUAAGGCUAAUGGCAAUUGUUACUUUACAGUUAUAAGCACCAUGCUAGCUAAUCAUUUCUAUACAUUGUCAUUCACUUUUGUCAAUAUUAGCAUUUUGGAAUGAAUUAUCCCGUAAGUAAGCCCCAGUCAGGAAGAUGAUCUCCUUGGUUUGUUAACAGAGACUUUAAUCAAAUCUGAAUCCAGCCUAAUCUCUCUUUAAUUGAAUAGUAAUGACCCUGGUAAAAAAUAUAUGUACAUAGAUCCAGGUCCAUAGAUUUUUAUCAAAAGUUUUAAGUAUAAAAUUUCAGUUGAAACACCCCUACAAGUCAAAAUUCCUACUCAGUGUUUUUCAUACAUAUACUAAUCUCAUCACUCAAACCAUUUCAAACCUUUUUUUUUUUUUUUUGGACUCUGUUGACUUCUUGACUGGGGCUUUGCUAGACCAUUUACUUGAGAAUCAUAAAGUAAUCAAGAACCUGCUGGGACAGUGGUUCUCAAACCAUUCCAACAUGUGUCCAUAAGUCAACACAUGCACAAGCUCUGUCCUAGCUAAAGUGGACUAUAUACUGUCCGGGAGCAGUUUUAAAAACCACUGUUCUAGCAAACCAGCCAAGGUAUAAAGCUAUAGUUUAUCUGCUUUUCUGUGAAACACAAGGCCUUCUGAGUGACCUUUUGUAAAAAAUAUGCUUCUGUAAAUGUGUGCUAGCAAAAGAAGUGUCUGUACCCUUUACAAAUUGUAUUGUUUAAAAUUGUACCAAUAAUUGUAAAGCAAUGGAGGGACGAGGAGGGGUGUAAAAACCAGUGCUGUGAUCCCAAGGAUCCUGCUCUUUUGACACAAGCUUGUACUAUUCUUUCUCUUAGAAAGGGUUCACAAGCACAAUUACUUUUACAAGCAAAGGAGUGAAUCAGUUACAUAUAGUGUGGAAAUGGUUAUAUGUAUAUUCUAACACUGCACUGCACAUGACAGUAGCAGCUCUAACAGAUGUCAUGGCCCUGCAGUCAUGCUGGAAGUGUACGUUUUGAUUUAUGCAAAGCUCAGCUAGUGUCCGAUGGCUCCCAAAAUGUAAGGGGUUUGCAGUGAUGUACCAGCGUGUGUACUUCCUCAAGAACAGAGACUUAUUUUCUACAAUUGUCAGAGCUGUAGCAUUUUAUGCACAAAAGGGUGGUUUAGACAUUUUCAUAUGUGCAAGUUCAUUCAAAUGUACGUGACCAUUUUUAUUGUACAAACAAGUAUUGUACUGAAUAUACAUGCAGCUUCAUGUAAGAUCCUUAAAGUAAGGAGACUCCUUUUGUAUUUUUUGAUUUGAAAAGGCAUGUCAUAUCUACUUUUUAAAUGUAUUAAUGAAGAUUUAACUUUACAUCAAA